AUGAGUCAAUCAAUUCAAUUAGAUAAAUUCCUUUAUGAAAAGAAUUUAAAAGAUAAAGUCAUUUCACUCUUUCAUUUAUUUCAAAGUAAUUGUCUUGAAGAUAUUAUUGAUAUUUGUUUAUUAAAUCAAUCAAAGUUCAUUCAAUUUUGUCAAGAACUCAAUUCUAGUUUAACAACUGGACUCUUUAAUUAUAAAGAAAUUAUUAUGCCAAACUUUUUGUUUUUAAUUAAGAUAUGUUUACAAAAUAAAGAUAUUUGUAGAGUGUUAGAUUAUGAAUAUCUUUCAUUUUGGAAUAUUAUGGUAAGUUCAUUAAAUCCAUAUUUUGAUAUGGAGUAUAGAAAAAUUUCAUUUGAAUUAUUACUUGAAUUUAUUUACAAGUCUCAUAGAAGAAACAAAUCAAUUUCAAAUCUUCUUAGACUUGUAUUUAAUCUAAAAGUAUUUGAAUUAAAUACAGAAAUUAUUAACUUAGAAAUACCAACAUUUUCUCAAGAAAUUUCAAAUGAAUUCAUAAAGAAUAAAUCUCUUGAUAUUCUUCAAAAUGAGUCAUUAGUUAUUAUUCGUUUAUUUAUUCAUUUUGUAUUAUCUUCAGAUGAGUAUUUUCAAUGUUUCAUUCCAUUUAUAUCAAUUUUAAUAGGAAAUAUUUUUCCUUCAUUAAUUCCGUUAAUUCCUGCUAAUGAAAUAGAGGUAUUUAAUGAUUCAUUUGUAUUAACACAAACAAACCCUCAGUUAAUUAGAUUAUUUCUAUCUUUCUUUUUAAUUAAUUCAACUAGGUUUGCUUAUUUAGCUAAAGUAGAUAACUUUUGUCAUAUAUUUAUUGGAAUAGUUAAUAUUGUCUUACAACUGUCUUGGGAUUUUAAAGAAUGCCAUGACAUUCUUAGGCCAUCACUUCGAUGGUACUUCAGUAUAUUAUUCUGGAGACGUAUUAAAACAUUAAAAUCUACUUUUAAGCAAUCUACAUUAGAAUUCAUUCAACAAUCUUUUAUAACAAAAGUUCAGGAGUUUAUUGAAUCAAACAUAUCUUAUUUUGGUACUAAUGAAACAACAAAAACAAUAAUUAAUGAUAUUAUACAAUUAAUAGCAAGUGUUUAUCCUAAGGUAUUUGAUAAUUCACUAAUUGUCCUUAAUAGUUCAGAACAUAUUUUAUUUAAUUAUUUAACUAAAUUAAAUGAACAACAAGAAAUGGUUAAGAAAUUUCAAGCACAAAUAACUAGACAAUUGGUCAUGUGUAUUAUUAUUUUAUAUAUUAGAUUUUAUGGUAAUGUAAUUGAAAGGUGGAGUUUAAGUGAGGAAUCUUUAAUACCUAGAUUAUCAAAGUUUUAUAAUAUUAAUGGAGUAAUAGACAGUCUAGCUGAAAUGUACGGUCAUGUUUUUUAUUCUAUAUUAACAAAAUUAUCAAAAAUAAAACAAAAUAAUAAAAGUGUUACAGUUCUAAAAUCUCUUCUUUCUUAUAACAUGAAUUAUCAUUUACCUUCAUUAACUACUAACUUAUCACUUAUUCAAGAAGAAUACUCAGCUUCAUCUACAAUACUUUGUUACCAAUCUUCUUUAUUAAGACCAUACACAGAACAUUGGGAAGAAAAAGAAUUAAAGUAUUAUUUUUCUUUGUUUACUCAUACCUUUUCAACUUAUGGAGUGAAAGACUCUGUCAAAUAUUAUCGAAGUGUAAAUACUAUGUUGUGUCAAGUGUGUUUAAUUUUCUUCCAAACAACAAAAGAAACACAAUACAAAUUUGAUUUCUUUGAACUUUUCUUUGAUCAUAUAUUUAAUUUACAAUUUUCUCAAGACUUAUUCAUUUCUAGACUGUGUAUUCCUCCAAUGAUCCAAUUCUUUCAUUUAUUAAACAAUACACCAGAGUUAAUUUCAUGCAUUACAUCUAUAAUUUCUGAUAGUUCUAUUGAAUCCUUUCUAUUGAUAGUUGAUAAUAUUCUUCCUUUCUAUUUUUUUCAACAAUAUGGAAUUGUCCAAUUUAUUUGGAACACAUUUGACAAAUUGGUAUUGUUCUUUAAUAAUGAAGUAAAUAAAAUAACAACAUACCUUACGCAUACCUCAGAAAAGGAAGAAAGAGAUACCAGUACUUCAAGUAAAGAAGUUAAUAAUCUCCUUUCACCAAAUUUUGAUUCUCAUCUUAGUGAUUUACUUCAUUUUCUUUUUAGCUUACUUCAAAGUUUAGACUUUUGUUUAAAUGAAAUCCAAAUUAAAAAAUUACAAGAAUGUUAUAUUCUAGCUUCAAAAUUACCUGUAACUUUUUGUAAUCAUAAAGAAAUAAUGUGGUCGUGUUGUAUGACUUUUAUUAUGAUAGAAAAUCAACUUAACUUAAAUGAAAUAAACGAUGACAUUAUUAUAAAACAACAAGAAGAUUUAUUUAAUUGUUUAUUAAAUGAUUGUACUAAGGAAGAUGAUGAAUCUAUUGAAAAUAUAAUACUCAUUGUAGAAGUAAUUGCAAAAGAGAGCUUUAAAUUUACUAAGAGAAUAACAGACUAUAUCAUAUCUUCUUUAUUGGAAAAGUACAUUAACUACUUAAAAUCAUUAAAAGCUAUUAUUCAUAUUGUAAAAACACAACAAAUUAUUUCGUUAUAUCAAAACUCUGAUAAAACAUUAUUUUUGGUUAUUCGAAAUGUUUUUGGAAUAAAUAUUUUUGAAGUCCAUCAAGUAUUUUUACCAAAUAAUACAGUUGAUAUGGAUGAUAAAUACAAAAAUAUUUCAUUAAUAAGUUAUGAAGAAAAAAAUAUUUUUGAAGAAAGAGAUACAGAAAUAUCAACUAACUUUGAUAAUGAAAUCGAAAAUGAUUUAAUAGACUACUCUUUAAAUGAUUAUUUUAAAACAGAAUACAAUCUCAUUCAAAAUACAAAAGAGCAUUCUUUCUAUAAAGAAAAGAAAAUAACGAAUUCGUUAAAUGAAAUAGAAGUUAUUACUAAUUUAAAUAAUUCCCACUAUCCACCAACAUCAAAAUGA